CGGCGGCCUGUGCAGACGACCUUGGCCGUGUUCAGCUCGCCGCCUCCUCAUCGGGCCUCUCUGCUCUCGUUUUUGAUUCAUUUGUCGACCCAUAUUCGCACAUGUCUGCAUUCGCCAAGACUUCACUAGCAAGAGCCGUGCCCAUGGCUUCCCGCCUGGCCUCGCGCCGUCUGCUGUCGUCGGCCACCACCCCUGCCACGCUGACCGUCCGUGAGGCCUUGAACCAGGCCAUGGAGGAGGAGAUGAUCCGCGACCCCGCCGUCUUCCUGCUUGGUGAAGAAGUCGCCCAGUACAACGGCGCUUACAAGGUUUCGAAAGGCCUCUUGGAGAAGUUUGGCGAGAAGCGAGUCAUCGACACCCCCAUCACCGAGAUGGGCUUUGCCGGCAUUGCCGUCGGCGCUGCCCUGGCCGGUCUCAAGCCUGUUUGCGAGUUCAUGACCUGGAACUUUUCCAUGCAGGCCAUCGACCAAAUCGUCAACUCGGCCGCCAAGACUCGUUACAUGUCCGGUGGCGAUGUUACCUGCCCGAUCGUCUUCCGUGGUCCCAACGGUGCCGCCGCUGGUGUCGCCGCCCAGCACUCCCAGUGCUUUGCUGCCUGGUACGGCUCCGUCCCCGGUCUCAAGGUCGUUUCUCCCUGGAGCGCCGAGGACGCCAAGGGUCUUCUCAAGGCCGCCAUCCGCGACCCCAACCCCGUCUGCGUGCUCGAGAACGAAAUCAUGUACGGCCAAAGCUUCGAGGUGACCCCCGAGGUCCUGAGCAACGAGUUCGUCCUCCCCAUUGGCAAGGCCAAGAUCGAGCUUGAAGGCUCCGAUGUCACCAUUGUCGCCCACUCCCGAGCCGUUGGCCAGAGUCUGGAGGCCGCUGCCGAGCUCGCCAAGGAGGGUAUCAAGGCCGAGGUCAUCAACCUCCGCUCGAUCCGACCUCUUGAUAUCGAUACCAUCGUCAAGUCUGUCAAGAAGACCAACCGCAUCGUCACGGUCGAGGGCGGAUGGCCCAUGUUCGGCGUGGGAUCGGAGAUUGCCGCCCAGAUCAUGGAGAGCGAAGCCUUCGAUCACCUUGACGCCCCUCUCCUCCGUGUCACUGGUGCCGACAUUCCUAUGCCCUACGCCAAGAACCUCGAGGAGCUCUCGCUGCCCCGUGUUGGCGGCAUUGCCGACACCGUCCGCCGCUCGCUCUACCGCAAGUAAAUCCUCAGCCCUCAUUAGAAUCGAGCGGGGAGGGUCUUUUUGGCCCGCCUGGGACACUGGCCGAGAUAUCAUGAAUACAGCAUCUGCUCACUUGA